AUCUUCAAGUUGAUGGAACCUUUCCGUAUCACAGUGAUACAAAAACAAACGGCGACGUCGCGAAAAUAAAAGAACUUAUAAUAAUAUCGCGCGCACGUUCGGUUACAAAUAAGUUUUUCUUUUUAUUUUUAAAUAAAAAUUCCAAUGGUUUCAUUCGGAGUUUUCGGUAAUCAUAACUUUGUCAGAGUUUUGUGGCAAAGAAAAUAUGAGUAAUCGUGGGUGUUACACAACUGGUACAAUCUACAACGAAAAUAGUUAUGCAGAGCCAAACAAAUCAUCAAAAUUCACGUGAAAAAUGUUGUCCUCUGUCAAUCCCAAACAAAAAACUUCAAGAGUGGGAUAGAACAAUACCCAAAGCAAAUUAUGUAACACUCGGAUCAAUUCGGUUCGGAGUGAAGUCCAUUCAGCGCGGAUCAAGCCUGUAUUCGACCGACGAAGGUUCCAAGGAGAGGGAUGUGUCAUUAGAUAGUAGCAAUAGUAGUAAGAAUUGCGAUAACAAUUGCUUCGAAUCGACCGAUUGUUGUUGCAUUGGAACAUCGAACAGUUCAUCAGAUGGACAAACCAUUUACAAGAAGGAAACCCGUUUGCCGGUAGCUAGUUCGAAUCCUGUUGCUAAGAAUAGAACAUUGUCGUCGUCCACAUCCACAUCGACGACGCCGAGAGCCAGCACAUUCAAAAGAUGUUUAGUCAUCGAAAAUCACAAUCAGGCAACGCGAUCAACUUGCUGUUAUCCGAAUUCAUUGAAAAAUCGUACAGUCGCCACCGAAUUGUCGAGUAAAAAAUUUCAUUUAGCCAAUCCAGUGCAACCGAACCGAACAAAAAAUUGUGAAAAUCGAACAAAAGGUGCAUCAGUUGACGACAGUGAAAAUGGUGAACGAUCGAAUGCGGUUCGGAAAAAUUACUUUUGUGAAAAUGUGAAUCGAAACGAAAAUUCGUAUACAUCGUUGUUGUUGCCAUCGCCGUCGUCAUCGCCGUCGUCGUCUUUUCAACGAGAAAAUUCAUUGAUACAUCGUUCGAGCUGCGGCGUACGUUCGAUUAACAGUGUAAUUGACAGUGAUAAUGUCAUAUUUAAUCAGAUUUCAUGCAAUCAAACCGAUAACGACCAAUGGGAUCAACAGAGCGAUUGCAAUUUGAAUAGUCGGGAAAAUUAUUCGAUUCAUUUAACGUGCAACGAUCCGGAUCUUAUUCAGUCCAAUCAAGACAACGUCAACGGCGUUUGGAAUGUCGAUUCAGUGGGUGUUUCUAAAUUAAGAACACCAUCGAAUUUGUGUAAAUCAAAUCGUCAAGUUCCAAUUAUACGAAAAUUAACACCAAAAGUUAAAACCAAAAAGAACGAGAGAUUCGAGUGCAAUGUAAUCGUUGAACAACAACAUAAAACAAAAAUAGCACAAUUGAGUAGUGUAAUUAAGCAAAACGACAAUGUUAAAUCCAACGACGGUAUCGACGACGACGACGACGACGACAAUUCACAUUUUAUUAUACGUUCGAAUCCAACUGCAGAUGUUCGUUGUUUAUCAUCAACGCUGUAUAACGAUAAUUUGAUUGUGUGCGAUGAUCAUCGGGUUAAUGCUAGUGAAUGUAUUAAGCAGUCAAAUUUCAGUUGCAAUGGAUUCGAUGAACAUAAUUCGGUGAAAAAGGGACAAAACUCUGAAGCUUUUGUGAAGGAUCAAUAUCGGUGUCAGUAUAAGAAAAUUUCGCCUCAAGGCAAUCGUCGAUUUGCUAACAGUACGGGGUGCGCGUCAUUGGCAUUUCUUGGAGGUAAUCGACAAUACUCUGGAAUUUACUCAAAUAUGGAUAAACGUCGGAACACCCUAGAACGAUGGCAAAAAUUAGGUUUUGGUAGACGCUCCACCAACACAUCAACUGAAAAACAAGCGAAAGAAAAAGCAGCAAAGGGCUCCGAUAAAACCGAACGCCUUCGUGAGUUAACCGAAUUGUUACGGGGCUCGAGAACUCCAUCCAAUCCUAGUGCUCCUCCACCCAUUCCACCACCGCGUAAACAAAAAUCGAUAGGAAGCCAAAGCCAAGAUAAUUCAUCAGCGAGUAGUUCGGUUCGGGACUUAACUGAAGCUAGUGCUGCGGAUUAUGCUAUUUCCAGUAAAGCAAGUUGUUCACUGGCUGACAGACCUUAUCAACCGAACAAACCGAUAACAAUAAUUAAAUCGUUACGACCGAAUACCAGUGCCGGUCAAUUGGAAUGUUAUGGAAAGUCUACGAAUCUUCCAUUCGAUGAACUGAGUAAAUCUCCUCCUCUCGCCGAAAAGGAGGACGACCUAUUUACAGCUCUUCCAAAAGCUGAAUCAAGAACAAUUGUCGGCUCCUACAUGCAAAAAAGUAUCCCCUUUCGAAGUGCCUCUUUUUCUCAAGUCGAUUACUCAUCGGGGAAAUAUAUUCGCUCGGCAAUCGGUGCGUUUAAAGCUUCACUAAAAUCCAAUAAAGAACCGUCAGUGAUAGACAAUACAAAUUUAACGCUGCCUAGAAAGAAGGAUCGCCAAAGUCCUGAGAAGAAUGCGACUGAUAAAGCUUACAAUCAUGCUGCAUCCACCUCAAACAGCCCGAGCAAAGUGUACAAAAGUGAAAUGAGUGUCAUAUUUCAACCGAAUCGUAAAUUAAACGACGCGAUAAUGGAUGGUCGAUUGGAGAGUAAAUUUCACAGAGAGUCGUUAAUUGAAGAAAACGAGAAUGAAGUCGACGAGUCACUGGAUGGAUUGACCAUUGUGAAAGCAUCCGAAAUGGUAAUUGAAUCACCUUCGGAAAGGGGAAUACUGAUGGCAACUCCACCGCAAGAUGAAUUCCUUCAAACAGCUACCACUUGUUUGAUUCCAUUGCCGGUUUAUGAGUGCACCAAUAGAGAAGACGAGACAAGUGAACAAUGGAUAAAUGCGUGCGACGAAGAUAGCACAAAAUUGUUUGAAGAAGUGAAUGUCGAGUCAGAUGUGAUAAAUGAAAUUGGAUGGGAUGUGCUAGAUAAAUCCAGUGAAGUAAGUGAAGCAAAAACAAUCGGUGAAGUCAUCAAAGACGAUAGUGCCGGAAAUGAAGUUAGUGAUAUGAAAAUCGUGUCCUCUGAAGCAGAUACAAUUCCAGUUGCUGUUAUUCAGUCGGAAACAAUUGAAAUAAUUUCGAACGAAAUUGAAGUCGUUACCGAAGUCGACCCUUCGAAUGUGCUCGAUUUGUCACAAGUUACCGAAAUUUGUGAAAAUGCGGAAAAUGAAAUUGACGAGCAGCCAAUCAUCCCUGUAACAAUUGAACAUGCAAACGAAUCGACUGAGAAUCCGGAAACGAAGAGCGAAUUUGUUGAAGUUCGAAAGAGACACAACAACGACGAUAAAUCGACCCGACAAUCGGUCAAUCUAUCAAAUUCUAGCGAAUCUGUGAAUAGUGUUGCUACUGGAGAGGAUCGACGUCGAAUCGACAAAAAUAAGCGUCGGAAGGGGAUUUACUUUCAGUGGCCGGCCGUGGAAAAGGAUCGAGAGCUUGAUGUUGAUGUGUGGAGUCAUGCCGACAGCUCAUCGCCAAUUUUAAGCGGGACCAUUUUGUGGGACGGAAACAUAGACAUACCAGGUGUAGCUUCACCCAGCAAGGUUGACUUGACCGAGAGUCAUUCAGAGCAUUCUGAAAAAGUUAACGAAACGCCCAAGAAAAUCUCCGUUGAUCUGGACACAGCAAAUUUCUUUGCGGCAGCAUUCGAGUCAACCACACCCGAUUCGGAAAUAAGUCGACCAGCUUGGCCCAAAAUGCCGCGGAAACAGAACUCCGAUGAACGGGAUGACGUGUCGGUUAUCAGUGCCAUAUCGGAUAAACAGUAUCACAAGAUCAGUUUCUUGAGACAAGACUCAAUAUCUGAUAACGAAACGGAUCGAACACCUCCGCCACAUGAUCGCGUUUCACAGUCGCAGUCAAACGAUCCCGACUUGAAACGAUAUUCGAAAAGACCGUUACGAGGGCCAUACGGACUGAUGCUCGAGGCCGAAAUGAAAAAGCCUGCCAAAUUGCUGUACGACGAAAUGUUCAACCGAUCGGAAAGCUCAUCAAAAUUAAGUGACGCCAGCCUACAGUCAUUCGAUGAUGACACACACCGCAAAGCCUAUCGUAAAAACAACAGCACUCACUUACCAAUUCCAUACCAUGUUCGUGCGUCCUCAACUCCCAUCCAGAGUGAUUCACAUUCGAAAGAAGUGUCGCACAAACGAUUUCCCAGCUAUGUGGAUACCAGCACGGUAAACGACCUGAAGAAGGAUCAAAAGAAAAUGUCGCUCGACAAUUUGUCCAAGUCACAUGAGAAUUUCGGCAAAGAUUCCAAAAAGUCAUCCGGCGCUGGAGACAAAUUGCAGAAGCAUAGCCUUGACGAGGGUCGGUUGUUGUCGUCGUCGUCGUCUGAAAGCGGAAAUAAGAAGAAAUGCAGUUCGGAUACAUCGAACACGAUACAGGCAACACCGCAGCUGUUGGCUGAACUGUUGAAAGGGUCCAGCGAGCGGCUAGUCUCCGAGCAGAUACAAUCGAAUCAGCGCAUUACUUCGUCUUCAUUGCCAACUGCUGUGUUGAAAUGUUUGGAUACCAGGACGCAUGUUGUGGUUGAGCUCUUCAACACGGAAAAGUCAUACGUUGAUUCAUUGGAGACUGUAGUUCUGAAAUACCUUAAGCCGCUGAAAUCACCGGAGAAUGCUGGAAUUGUUGACGUACAAACCGUUGAGGAAAUAUUCCUAAUGGUUCCAACUAUCCUAAAUGUUCACAAGCAUUUUUUAGAUGAGCUAAAACGUCGAUUAGAUUCGUGGAAUCCGCUUCAAAUGGUUGGUGACGCUUUCAUAGAAACGUUCUCGAAGUCAACAGUGUUGGAUGCUUACACCGCAUUCGUGAACAACUGGAAUCGAGCAAAGGAUGCUAUCCGCUUAACGAGUUCGACACGACCGGCAUUCUCUAGAUUUUUGGAGGCAAUGGCACGUGAGCACAAGGGAAAGUUGUCACUGGACAAUCUGUUGAUCAAACCCGUUCAGAAAUUUCCCAACUAUGAACUAUUGCUGCUGCGUUUGGUCAAACACACAAACGUUGACCAUCCCGAUCAAAAACCGUUGCAGGAUGCCAUUCAUUUGGUUCACAGCAUUUUGUUGCAUUUAAAUUGCAAAGAACGCGAAGCGUUGGAAAACAAUCAACGUGAAACAUUGCUGCGCGAUCUUGAAGGUAUCAUCGAGGGUGUUUCCGAGCUGGUCGUGAGCGACAGACAGUUUAUAUGUUUCGAUUUGGUGUCGAUACCUUCCGGACAGGUUGGUCGCAAGGAAAGGGGAUUUUUCUUGUUCAGUGAUUUGCUUGUCAUAACCAGUAUUAAGAGACGAACGGGAACGAUGAGGAAGCCUAAUUCAUGCCCGGUGAUGUUGGCAUCUACAUUAGAUACGAAUAAAUAUAAAUUUUUGACGAAAAUUUCAAUUGACGAUUUGGAAGUGGUGAAAGCUAAAGAUGAAAAUGUUGAAAAAGCUCGCAAGGAAAUCGAUAACCUGUCCAAAGAUUUCACCAAAUUGGGGCAGAUUAUGGACAUUGCAUCUAGUCUCAGAUGCCCAAAUCAUCAGCUCGAAGAAAUCGUCAGAGACUUACAGAAGGAAAUUCAACGCCAAUUAUCCGAUAGACAAACCAAUGAUACUCAACUGAAUCUUUUGGAGCUGGCUCUAAAGACGACGAACGGCAUCCAGAACAUGAUCAUCAUAUUUUCAAAGCCAGAUAAGCGCACCCAAUGGGAGCAAGUGUUCAACGAAGCUAAACAGAAAUUAGUUACGUCAUUGGAAAAAUACCCUGUACCUGAAUUCAUAUCCUGUAUACCCAUUCGCAAGACCAGAGCUGGUCUCCAAUUCACUUGCGCCGCUCCAACGUUGGGCAACCAAAAAGAUGUAUGGGUUUGCAACAGCGACGGCUAUGUGGGUCAAGUGUGUGUGCUCAGCUUAUUUCCGGAACCAACGGUGGUGUCCUGUAAUGGUGUUUGCAAUGCUAGAAUACUAUGCGUGGCGUCCAUUCCAGCCAACAUUGAAUCGUCAACAUCCAGCAGUUUCGUGAGCAUUUCGAUUGAAGACACAACCACUCGGCAACUAUCGUCAGGCUCUAAUGCUAAUCUGAAAAAAUCCGAUAAAUGUUCGGAGAACAUACUGGACUCGAGCAGUUCAAGUGAUUCCGAAACGGAUGUGCACGAGAAAUGCAUACCGACAAUGAUUAAUCGAUCGGAUCAGAUUCAGCAAUCGGAUGAACAACAGUCAACAAUGUGGUUGGGAACGGAAGAUGGUUGUAUACACGUGUACAAUUGCAGUGAUAACAUUCGAAUUAAGAAAAAUAAGAUAAAAAUUCAGCAUGUCAGUGCUGUGUUUUCGGUGCUAUAUUUGGACAACAGGGUUUUUGUAUCGUUAGCAAAUGGUGAUAUUGUUGUGUAUAAUAGGGAAGGAACUGGAUGGAAUACUAUCUCACCGACUACAAUAACUGUGGGAACGGUCACCAAUCCAGCGACAAAAUUAAUUAAUGUCCAUGGCAAAUUAUGGUGCUCAAUACAGGGAAAUAUUAAGGUUUUAAACACAUCCACAUUACAGGUAGAAAGUAGUAUAAAAAUAUCAACCGAUGGUAAACCGAUCACAAACAUGGUGGCAUCGACAAAUCAUGUGUGGGUGUCGGUGCUCAAUUCGGCCAACAUAAAAUGUUUUCAUUCCAAUAGCUUUGAACUUUUGCAUGAAGUGAAUCUUGCCCCCCAAGUGAAUAAAAUGCUUUCGAAUUGCGACGACAUCAUAAGACAACACAAGGCGGCCUGUUUACGAGUUACAUCGCUGUUAGCAUGCAAAGAAAUGGUCUGGGUGGGAACGAGUGCGGGAGUACUAUUGACAAUUUCAGCUAUUCCAACGGCAAUGGGAAUUGAGGCGCCGAUCGUCACAGGCAUUCCAUAUGGACACACUGGUCAUGUGCGUUUCCUAACAUGUGUGGAAUACGACAAAAUGAACGAAGAAGUGAAAUCCAGUACGAACAGCAGACAAUCACUACCCGUCAAAACCAAACCGGAUUCAACGAACCUUUUAAUCAUAUCGGGCGGCGAUGGAUACGAAGAUUUUCGUAAUUCUGGUGCACAUCCGUCGAACGAAGUUUCCGGUCGUGAAGACAGCACAAAUCAUUUGCUAUUGUGGAAUGUGUAAAUCAUUAUGGCCCAAUUGGUGUACCUGAGCAGCGCGGGAUAUAUAUACAAUAUCUUAGAAUUCUCAGCGUUCUACUUCUUUUAAAUAUUGAUGUUUCUUCAUGCAUGUCUAAUCCUGUUGUUACAUGUGGUGAAUGGUUUAACUGUAAUGGAUGGGCCGAACCAAAAAUUGAAAAUGUUGAACAGUUGAAAUUCCCGGUGUACGCUAAUCUGAAGCCGGAUCACUUUAAAUAUGUUUUUUUGUGUGUGGUCUCAAUGUUGUCAAACAAACAAAAAAUAUGAAAAUCAGUGUCAGAUCCAAUACCAGUUAUACUCGUAGCGUUAAAAUACUCACCAAGCAGACAGUGGAAGAUAUAUUACGAUGUUCGUGAAUGAGAAACGAAAUUUCCAAUUUUUGUGUUUCAUUUCUGAACCUUUUUAGAAACGGCUGCGUCGUGAACAUUGACAAUGACAUAGCAGAUUGAAGUAAAAGAUUUUGUCUUAAACACCUCGGAGAAAUUUUGAGAAGUAACGGGUUCAGUCGUUUCUAAAAGGUUAAACGGAUGAAUUUGGCGACAUCAAAUCUGUUCCUCGACAAAUAUGGAAAAGGGAACAGAUCUUAAAUCUGUGUCAAGACUUCAAACAAAAUAAAGAAUUAAUCAAAAAACAAAACUUAUCACCAAACACUAUAUACACGUCGUUCCUAUGAUGUAUUUUAUUGAAACAAUAAGAAAAUACCAUCGUGUAAGUUUACUUAACUAAAAUUUAAGUUUUUACAAACUAUAAUCUAUUGAUCCUUCUAAUUUGCUAUAAAUUAUUUAUUUAAUAGACCUAAAACUUAUGAUAUACGUAGUGUCAGGAAGAAAUGUGUUGUUUUCCAAUCUAUUUUUUAUUCACAGAGAAAUAUAUGAUAGAGAUGUAUGUUAAUGUGCUGGGAG